UUGGAAGAUUGUUUUCACUUAAUCCCCAUGAGGAGCAGAGGAGCAGGCUGAUCAAUAAAUUUGUCGGAACAGUCCAAACGAACCCAAAUUCACCAGUCAUGGCGUUUAGGGGAACACUCACCUGGCUGUGCUCUCUAGCAGUUGUUUGCUCCUCUGGAAACCAUGAAAGUACGACCGCCAACUGUGAUUCCCAGACUGAACUUUUUCAGCGCCUGACCGAAGAUCUCAAGAUGGCAGCAGAGUGCACAGACAAGUCCGUCCUGCAGUGGAGCUCAGAGCAGGCAGCUGAAGUGUUGAUUACCAUGAGGAAUCUGACAGCAAGGCUGCAUAAACACCAGCUGAAAGAAUGCCAGGACGCCGAGCCAAAGAUGUGCCAGCAGCCUGAAGUGCCCAGUAAUGGAGGCCUGGCAUGCGUCACGGUCUCCAACAAGCGCUACUGCAAGCCCAUCUGCAAUUCUGGGUACGAUUUUGGUUUCCUAAGGAGGAGUCGGAUCUUUGAUGAAUGUGGCGAACAAACAAAUUACCAGUGGAACAGCCAGUACGUAGGAGGAGGCAGACUGGCUGUGUGCAAUGAAGCUGCUGUUAAGGUUUCAGGAAGCACCUCUGCGUAUUUUACAAAAGACUGCCUCACGACCAAAAGCAGCGGCGAGCAGUGGAAUGCAACAAUGGAGGUUUUCACUCAAGAGCUGAAGGACGCAGGCGUAGCUGGAAGCCCCAAACAUCUCUGCCUCGCCUGCGGAUGGCCCUGAGAAAGACAAAACGAGUGCAGAACAGGGCCUCGCUUGUGCCAUGAUGAAUGUAGAGCUUUGAAGGUCUCAAACAUUUAAUAAACACUCAACCUGAGUGGUGCUUUGGUUGCUACAGUAAGUGUCACAGCA